UUAGUAAACGUAUAGUUCCCGUUCAAAUGGAAUAUAAAGAUUUCGAUUCUUUCUAAUAGUUGAAACGUUCUCAUCUGUUCCUAAAUAUCUCUAUCUAUAACUAAAAUAAAACUAUUUAUUCAUGUUUCAAAUACAAGAACGAGUUCGACAAUACUUUGCCCCGGUACCGAGUCCGGGAGUAUGCAAGGGAAACAAGAUCUGCGAGUUUUUCCAAACAAACUUGACACCAAUAUUCAAUGCGUUCGGAUUGAGCUGUAACAUCGAGGGCGAUAUAAAGCCUUUGGUAUUCCUAAUCACAAUAUGCACAACCUUAAAUGUGGCUCUAUUUUAUUGGAUAUAUCGUAAAUGGCGUAGGUUUAAAGAAUUGGAGGCAAUGCGGCAAAGGAAUUUGCAAGUCGAAGUUGAACAACAGCUCCGAGAAAAUCGAUUACGGCUGCAAGGACAAGUGGCAAGGGCUCUAGGAAGGGCUGUACCGGAGAAGGAAGAGGAACUGCAACCGGGAAUGAGACUAGCACUGGAACUGGCUUCAAAACAAGAACCCGAGUCCAAUCCAAUCCACACCAUUGAUGAAGCUACUAAGAAAUCCAAACGUCUGAGAGCUAGGACUAAGCCAAAGCCAGAUAAUACCAAUGUGGACUUAAACGAUAACUCUGAAAAGCUCUGCACUGACACUGCAAAGAAAACGAGACGUGUGAAAGUUCGGAAUGAGCUCAAAUCCAAUAAUACCAAUAUCGAUAUAGACGAUAAAGCUGAUGUGUGUGCUAAGAAAUCAAAACAGCCACAAGAUCGAGCUGAGGCCAACCCCGAUAAUGCUAAUAUCGAUUUAAACGAUAACACUGAGGUAUGUGCUAAGAAAUUGAAUCCUUCAAAAGCUCGAGCUGAGGCCAAACACGAUAAUGCUAAUAUCGAUACAAAAGAAAAUAUUGAGGUUUGUGCCAAGAAAUCCAAACCUCUGAGCGCUCAGACUGAGUCCAAACACGAUAAUGCCAAUAUCGAUAGAAACCAUAAAUUAGAUGUCUGUGCCAAUAAAUCCAAAACUCCUAGUGCUCAGGCUGAGUCCAAACACGAUAAUGUUAAUAUCGAAGAAAACAUUGAAAUGUGUGCUAAGAAAUCCAGACCUCUGAGCGAUCAGCCUGAGUCCAAACACGAUAAUGCUAAUAUCGAUUUAAACGAAAACAUAGAGGUAUGUUCUAAGAAUUCAAAACCUCUGCGCAUUCAGGCUGAGUCCAAACACGAUCAUCUUAAUGCCAAUGUUAACGAUAACAUUGUUUUGCGUGCUAAAAAAUCCAAAACUUUAAAAGCUCGAGUCAAUAUCGAUCACAACGAUAACAUUGAGUGUGCUAACAAAUCCCAUUCAGUCAGAAGUUUGGAAAAAUCCGCAUCCGUCGAAAAUAUUGAUACAUUGGAUAAACCACCAUUAGUACCCAUUUUCAAAAGACGAAGCUCCUUACAAUCAGAAAGUCAUCCAUUUUUGACUAAAGUAGAAGUAGCUUUGGGAUACGGACGAGAGGCAAAAUCGAAAAGUCUAUUAAAACCACCUGAUAUGACUUACAGGCACAACUAUUCGGAAGCACGAGUCCCAGUGGAAGAUACUGAACCCGUUUCAAAUAUCCUAAAUGAAACAUUUGGAAGAAAUGGACGACAUUCCCGGAUUCCAUUGCCCAAGAAGCCAAGCACACCAUUACCAAGAAAAUAAUCAAUAGCGACUUAGUACCUUUUUUUAUAAAAAACAUUUUUUAUGUACAUUUUAGGCCUCAAAUAGCUUUUCCCAAUUACUCUCAGUAGGAUAGCGCUUUUAAGUUUAUUUUAAUAUCAAUGCUCCUUUGCUAGAUACGCUUUUACACACUUUCAAGAUCGAAAAGAUCUUUGAAAUAUUUGAAUUCUAAAUUCUUUGUGCAACGUUUGGAGUCCUCGUGUGUGAAUAUUUCAAUGUUUAAUGAUUCAAAACCGCUGAGCAAAAUGUAACAUAGUGAACUUAAAUUAAAAUUUUGAGCAAAUUA